AUGGUUUUGUUCAUAUAUCCAUCAUUAAUCAACAACCCUUCUUCUAUAAUUAAUCCAUCAUUAACAAGAAGAAGAGAAACAUUCACUAUGUGGAUGAAAUCCCUCGUCUUCCAUGGAAACGGUUGCACCGUAUUUAACUCGAGAGGCGAAGUCGCUUUUCGUGUCGAUAAUUACCAACAAAAAUGCUGCAGAAAAGUCUUUCUCAUGGACUCCUACGGCAAUAUUCUCUUUUCUUUAAAUAGAAAGGUACGCACGCUGACAAAAUGGGAGUUUUUGGAUGUUGGGAGGGAUUCAAAUGGAUCGAAUCGGAGCGUAGAAACGAGAAACAGCCGUAUUUUCAACAUCACAAGUUGCUAUUUGAUGACGGGAUUCGAAGGAAAAUCGACACUCAAGAUUAUCGAUUUUUCUGGCCGGUUAUUAUUGGCAGAGUUUAAUAAAUUGCAGGCCAUGCAAAAACAGUCAAUAGAAGGAAUUGCUUUGGGAGAUGAUGUGCUGGCAUUAAUGGUGGAACCCCAUGCAGAUCAAUCUUUAGUCAUGGCUCUUGUCACAGUUUAUGGAUUGAUUAAUAAUAAAUUGUAAAGUGUCCUAAUAAAUUAAAAUUGGAGAUUAAUUUAGUUUUUUGAUUGAGGGAAAAUUGUGAUCAAUUGUUAUAAGUUGAGCAUG